AGAGUGCUGUUGGAGGUGUCGAAUCCAGUUUUUCCGCGAGCGACGCGAGUCCAACAUUGGUGAAACAGUAAGAAAGGAACAACCUUUGAAAUCGUACAAAUCACAGUAUUGUAUCCAACCACCAGAAAAGAAAGAUGCCUUUGGGUGACGAUGGACAUUCUUGGAAGAAGAAAACCUCAGAUGUUAAGGAGAAUUUCGACUUCAAGGAGAUCCUGGGGACGGGGGCUUUCUCUGAGGUGGUCCUAGCGGAAGAGAAGAGGACACAGAAACUGGUGGCCAUCAAAUGCAUCCCUAAGAAAGCCCUGGAAGGCAAAGAGAACAGCAUAGAAAAUGAGAUCGCUGUCCUGCACAAGUUAAAACAUGCCAACAUUGUCUCCCUGGAGGACAUCUUUGAGAGUAAAUCUCACCUCUACCUGGUUAUGCAGCUGGUGUCUGGUGGGGAGCUGUUUGACAGGAUAGUGGAGAAGGGCUUUUACACAGAGAAAGAUGCCAGCAAACUCAUCCGGCAGAUCCUGGACGCUGUCAAAUACCUCCAUGACAUGGGCAUUGUACACCGCGACCUGAAGCCGGAGAACCUUCUGUACUACAGUAUGGAAGAGGACUCUAAGAUCAUGAUCAGUGACUUUGGCCUGUCGAAGAUCGAGGGAUCUGGAAGUGUCAUGUCCACAGCCUGCGGAACACCAGGAUACGUGGCCCCUGAAGUGUUGGCCCAGAAACCCUACAGCAAGGCGGUGGACUGUUGGUCAAUCGGUGUCAUCGCCUACAUCCUUUUGUGUGGAUACCCUCCGUUCUAUGACGAGAACGACGCCAAGCUUUUUGAGCAGAUUCUGAAGGCUGAAUAUGAGUUUGACUCUCCUUACUGGGACGAUAUCUCUGACUCAGCCAAAGACUUCAUAGUCCACUUGAUGGAGAAGGACCCCAGGAUACGCUACACAUGUGACCAGGCUCUGCAGCACCCCUGGAUCGCUGGUGACACCGCUCUAGAUAAGAACAUCCAUGAGUCUGUCAGUGCUCAGAUCAGGAAGAACUUUGCCAAGAGCAAGUGGAGGCAAGCGUUUAAUGCCACGGCGGUGGUGCGUCAUAUGAGGCGUCUGCAGCUGGGCACCAGUCAGGAGGCCGCCAGUCAGACCACCCUGCCCAGCCCUCUCAGAGCCCACCUGCUGCUGUCUGAGGCCACAGAAACAGAGGACACCACUGAGUCUCCGUGUGAGGGGGGCUGCUCCCAGAGUGCUGAUGGGGGGGCGGAGCGCGACCACCUCUCCAACUGCACCUACCGCUGCCAUCCAACCAGCCGGGUCUGAUCCCUGCACACCCAGGCCACGCGAGGCCAACCAAUGACUUUCCCAUUUACCUCUGGAGACCAGAGAACUACCUUGUCUGGCCAGAAAUACAGAGUUGUUCCAGCAACCCGCCACCAGGAGGGGCAGGCAGGUUAAGAAUCCAGGGUGGGGAGGAGGGACUCAAUGUCAACAGAGGAGGUAAUUUGAACGGAUUGGGUGAGAGCGUAGGAUGAGAUGAGAGGAUAGAGGAAAGGAAAGGAGGAGAACAUUGAGAAAGAUAGGUGUGGUGCCCAGAAUAAUCCUGGCUCAUAUAUUUUGGAAGCGGGACAGAGCUUGGACAGGGUUUUACUCAUCCUUUUAAAAUGUGCGUCUGCUUUUUAUAUCUCUGCAUUUAUGUGCAUGGUGUUUUCUAUCUUCAUUGUCUUUCCACUUUGACAGAAUCCAUGAAUGAUUUCUGCAUGAUGAGGUGACAGGUCCCCUUGCAUGUUGGCGGCAGGUGUUUUAUAGCGUGAAGAGUCUAUUGCAAAAUCGUGUAUGGUGGUAAUCGUUAUGUUAUAGUUCCUGUACUGCAUAUACACAUCUUUAUGACCUUAAUGAAUUUAGUCCUUCAGCAUUACAUUUGUAUGGCUUUGUUGUAUCUUAAUAUUCUUUUUAUAUAUAAAUGUAGCCCUAGAAGCAUUCACCUAAUACCACAUCUGGAUAAUCAAUGUGAGAAUACUCCAUCCAUUGGGCUAGUAUACAGUAGACCCAGCAUUUAGCUAGAUCUGUUCUUUCUUCUUUUUUUCUCAGCAUGGUUGUGUUUCACAACUGUAAGUUUGUGGUUGUGCUCCCACCACAGGCUUGUAACAGAAUAAGGCGUUCUGAUUUUAACAAAUUCAGCACAGGGACUUUUUCUCUAUGCUGCCUUUAGAACAGUAUCAAAUGUUUAUUUUCUGGUGGCUUUUAGAAAUCUGAAGAUACGUCUCUAUAUCUCUGCACAGUUGAAGGAGCAUUAGCGGCUGUUUAAUUUCUAUCGUUGUAUGUUUGUAUAUAUUUCAAUGUGGCAAUUCUAUCGUUAAAUACAGACUUUCACCUCGGUCCAGAUCUGUCCAGAUCGCUUUUCCAGUUGAGAAGUGUAAUACCCUGGAGAUAGACUUACAUACAUAGCCAUUCCUCUUAGUACUAGUUAAUACUUCAUUUUUUCAAGCCUUUGUAUCUGUACAGAGAGAACUUGAAUUAAAGAAUGUAAAUAUACAUCUCAUUGUCUCACCUCAUCAUUUCUUCUCUCUCACUCAUCAUAGCAAUAAGGCACAAGCAAAAGGCACAAGGGGGUGUGGUAUAUGGCCAAUAUACCGCGGCUAUGGGCUGUUUUAUGCACGACGCAACGUGGAGUGCCUGGAUACAGCCCUUAGCCGUGGUAUAUUGGCAAUACAGUAUACCACAAACCCCCGAGGGGCCUUAUUGCUUACCAAGGUAAUUAGAGUAGUAAAAAUAAACUUUUUGUCAUACACAUGAUAUACGGUCUGAUAUACCAUAGCUGUCAGCCAAUCAGCAUUCAGGGCUUGAACAACCCAGUUUAUAAGGUCAUUUAGAACGUACUUUUGAUUACCUAAAAGAGAAUGCAGGAUUUUAUAUCAAAGAAUUUCACUUUACUCAUUUGUUAUUGUUCCUUUGUUUUUUCAACAGUUCAGUUUACAUUCAAUCCAUCAUCUUCAUACGUUUACUGUACUCAAAUUAGCUGCCAUAUAAUGCUCACACUUUUAAUAAACACAUACUGACUUGAUAGAAUUCUCUGAUGAGAAGGGUACAAUGUGUUUAAAUUACCAGUCCAGUGGGUUGUAGCUCCUACUGUAAGUAAGAUUUAGGACUUCUUCACGUUCAUUUCAAUAGCCAAGUGAACAAGACUUGGAUGUGUGGCGACAUGAGACUAGAGGGUAGAGGGACAUCCUUUCUGUCCUCACUCUAGCUAGUCCAACACACAGGCAUUGACUCUACAGACCUACUUGCCAUAGCCUGCAUUGCAUUGAAAGCUAAAUGAUUGACACAAAUUUGCCUUGACGUUUACUGUUUUAGUGGCUUUUGUGUAGUGUGUUGGUUCUAAAUUCUGAUCAAUGGCUCUGCUGUUCCGCUUGUUGAUAUUGAGCUGUCACAACAUAGACCUUUUGAUUGAGUCUUGCUCUCAAUGUUGUGUACCCAAUGGUCUACUCUGGCCCCGUCAGUUAUUUUUUUAAAGAGACAUUCAUUAAACUAAGAUUAGUGCCAUUUUCAUUAAGGAAUGUCUUUCAAGUCAAAUUAGUACAGUGUUAAUGGCUAAUCACUAAAAAGGUGCCAACAUUUGGUUUCAUGAACUGAGAUUGACAUGUUGGAAACCAAUGAGACUGACUACAUGUUGAGGUCUUCCAGAUAUAGUGGAGGACAGGGACUGAUCUCUUUCUGCUCAGUGAUGUUCUGAAAAUUAAAAGAGAGGCUAACUUCUCCAACCCUAGCUUUCCCCCUGAAUGUAUCGUUUGAUUCUAUGAUUGUUUCCUUUGUUAAACUACGGUAAUAGAGUGAGUGCCAUUUGUAAAAUACAUUUAACAAUUUUAACUGUAGCCUGUGCAAUUGCUGUGUGAUGUGAUCAAAAUGUGUGAGAGAGAAUAAAACAUGUAUUGUGAAAACACUGCACAAGCUACACACAUUAAAAUACUUAUUUUUUUCUGUAUACAGUAUAGUGAAAUUAGGAAUCUUCAUACCAACAGAUGUUUUAUUUUCGAUAAAUUACGUUCACCAAAUUGGAUGCUUGACAUGUGGACACAGACAAGGGCAGUGCAAGUUGUCAUAUCUUCAAGUGUGACUAACAGUAACAAUUGUGAGUAAUUUUUUAAAAUGUAUUAUUGGCUUUAUCUUCUAUUUCAUCUCCACUAAUUUGUUUGGAUAGUGAAGUUGUUUGUGGUAGAGUGAAAAUGUCCCUAGAGUGUGUGAGGGUAGAGUGUCCGAACAAGGGUGGGCAGAUAGGAGGAGGUAGGUAACCCUCUAUGUCCACUGCCCAGGGCUUUAACCCAUUCAUUCUGAGUAGAGAGAAAUAAAGAGAGAGGGAGACUGAGAGAGGAGAAGGAGGGAUAGAGAGAGGUGAAGGAAUAGAAACAGACAGUUCUAGAGGAUAGAGUUAGGCAUAGUUUAGCAGUUUCUUGUAGCCAAAUAGUAGAUGAAGACUAGAGGUAUUUUAGAGAGAACGCUAUUGUCACAUUUGCACAUCACAAGAAGGCAUUCUAGCCUUACCUCAAGUGGUAAACGUUCUGUAUUCAAAAUGUAUAUGAAGGGCUUCACUGUAUCUAAAUAGGUGAUGGUUAUUUGAUAGCUGAUGUUUAUUUGAUGAGUUUACACAUUGACAUUUGCUUACUCCAAAUUAAAAAUCUGAACAAGUCCUUUGAUAAGAAAAGUGUAUUUAGCUUUUUAUUGGAAGUACAUUAUAUAAAUGAAAAUGUGUAUGCAUAGUGAAGUAUAUAAUAUAGUAUUUUUUUGUAAAAGCUACUAUACUAAUGCAUGGAUGCAAUGCAUCGUGAGCUAUUGAAUAUUAACUGCGGAGUAUUGUUAAGUAUCAAAGCUAAUUAUUUGUACUGUACUUUGAACUGAUUUGUAAACUGAUGGUAUAUUAAAACUACUCUGUCUAUG